GUUUUCUGUUUCCAAGUUUGGAUUAGAAGUCUAUACAUUGAAAACAGAAAUUCAUUUGAUUGAAAACGGAGGAUCCAUCUCCAUUCUCCAACGUGGAAGCGAACACUAGAAAUAUGCAGAUCGGUAAUUUGAAUGUUCAUGUGGAUCUGGCACCUAUACACCCAUCUAAUUUGUUCCCUUCUGCAUCCUCACCUGCUAUAUAUUCCCUUCACCCCGCAGUCUUCUUCACCUCCUCUGCUUCUGAGACAAAGAUGAUUGCUUUCUGUAUCCACAUUGUGCUAUUAGUGGCUACAGUUUUAGGCACAGAUGGCGUUUCUGAUACCACCUUCUCAAAGGUGUUUCCCAAGUAUUAUACUUAUGGCAAAGGGGGGCAGGUGAUUCUCCAUACCUCAGGGCCUGGCUAUGGCUAUUCUCCUCCACAAUAUGGGAAAUCACCUCCGAUAAGCAUAUUUCCUCCGCCAUCAAGGGGUUACUCACCUCCGUCCCAUAGGCACGCACCACCAAUUCAGUAUUCACUACCUAGCCAGUAUUCCCCACCGGAUCAAGGUCAUCCGCUGCCAUCCAGAAGCCCACCACCGUCUCACAGGCAUCCACCACCACGUCACAGAUAUCCGCCACCUAUCCAAUACUCCCCACGCACUCAAAGGUAUCCACCUCCAACCCAACACCCACCACCACCACCCACUCACAGGCAUCCGCCACCUAGCCACCAUUCACCGCCCACUCAUAGGCAUUCACCACCUAGCCACCGUUCACCGCCCACUCCUAGGCAUCCACCACCCACCCUACCACCCAUUCGAAGACAUCCACCACCAUCUCAUAGCUAUCUGCCACCUAUGCACUAUUACAUACCACCCAUACAAAGAUAUCCACGACCAUCUUACAAGCAUCCACCUCCUAGCCAUUACCCACCACCUGUUCAAGGGCAUCACCCGCCCACAUAUGGUCAUCCGCUACCAUCACAUGGACAUCCCCCUCCAACAACCUCUCGCAUACCAUAAAACUACCAUGCACGAGGAACAAACUGCUGCCUGUAACGCUGCCUCAAAAAUAGUCUAGUAGAAUAUGUUGCUAAUAAGAUAACCGUCUCCCUUUUAACUCUCGUUUCUUUCAGUGUAUUGAAAACCAGUUACUCUGCAACAUAUCAAUAAUACUGCUAAUAUAUGUAUUAUGCUUAC